GCGCUGCGGAGUACUAAAUAAAACCGUUUUUGGCCAACUUUGUUCUUUGUCCAUUGCAAUCACAAUCAUAACAAUGAAGUGUUAAAUUUAGUGCAUCUGAAAACAACCCCAAAAAGGAUCAAGUGCGUGUUUGAAAAGGAUAAAUACAAGCUAAACAAAGGAAAAGUUGCACAUAAAUUCAAUUUGAGAACGUUUAUGGCACAUCAGAGAUGAACUUAAAUUUAUUGCUAAAAUAAAAGACUGUCUGCAAUAACUUAACUUUAAGAAGAAAAUACAAACCGGUUAAAGACUGUUAAAAAUUGAAUAUGGAAAGUGUGAAGGAGUUUCAAGUGAAGUGACUGAUUUUAAAGUGAUAAUCAAUAACGAUUACUUUAUAAUUUGUGUGAAAGUGUUAUGUCUCUCUGAGAAGCUAAGGAACUAUCAAUUUACUUGAUUACUGAUCCUACCAUAUUGCUGUACAAAAUGUGGAUAAAUCUUCAUUGGAUAUGCUACGUGUUCUGCGCUCUCUGCUGCCUGAAUACUGCCAGUUUUGGAGCUAUUCUGGACUCACGUUGCUAUCUCGAGGGUGGAGGUUCCGCGGAAAGUUUCCUGGCUACUGAGGAUCUGGCAGUGGGCUCUAUAAUCGGCAAGUUAAGGAUAAACGGGAACCCCAAUGCCGAGACAGGGGACAUUAAUCUUUCGCUGAGAGAAAAGAAUGCUCCAGUAGAGAUUCAUUCGGGGACCAAGGAGCUAGCCCUAUCGGUGGAACUCGACAAGGAGGGUGUUAGAGGUCCCUCGUCUAUCUAUGUGAAUGUCAUUUGCAUACGACGACAUUCCACGGAUCCGAGUUUCGUUAUUCCCGUGAAUGUGCGAGUAACCGAUGUGAAUGACAAUGCCCCCGAGUGGAUCGGAACACCGUACACUCUGACCCUUUCGGAGGUGACAGUGCCGGGAACCAGAAUCCUGCAGGGCGCCCGUGCCGAGGAUGCCGACCAACCGGGUCCCUUUUCCACGGUGGAGUAUCAGGUGCUGCCAGGACCUUACUCGGAAUAUGUGCAGUUCCUCAAUCCCCUCGAAGGCACGCUAGUGCUAAAGAAAGCUCUCGACUACGAGCAGCUGCAGAAUUUCACCGUGAAGCUGAGGGCACAAGAUCAGGGAACACCACCACGUCACUCGGACACGCUGCUCCGGGUGGUCAUCACGGAUGCGGAUGACCAGAACCCAAAGUUCCAGCGGGAGUCCUACAGUGCAGAGAUACCAGUGGAUGGCAGGCCAGGAGAGCUGCGCAUGCGACCGGAGCCACUGAAGGCGGUGGACCAGGACGAGGGCAUCUGUGCGCCCAUCCAGUACACAAUAGUCCAAUCGCAGGACGCGAAAUACUUUCGCAUCCAUCCGCACAAUGGAGCGAUUAGUUUGCUGACCCCCAUUGGAUAUGCCGAUGUGGCCAAUGGCGCCACUCUGGUGGUGAAGGCCACGCAGAUCGACAAUCCCGAUCGCUAUGCUCUAACCACUGUCCAGUUAACGCGACCUGGUAGUCACAGUGAUCUUAGCACUCUGGCCUUCGUCCAGAAGAGAUUCGUAAUGCGCAUUCGCGAGGAUACAGCGGUGGGCAAUCGGAUUCUGGCUCUGCCCACCAAUAAGCCCGGUAAACAUCUUAAGUACAUCAUUCCCGAUCCGGUGAACUCGCAGUUCUUCAGCGUGGGAUCGCUGGGAGAACUGGUCCUGGCCAAACCACUUGACUACGAGAAGAUGACGAAGCAUGAAUUCCAGGUGCUAGCCACCGAUGGAAUGACCAACAGCACCGCAGAACUCACGCUGGACGUAAUUGACGUCAAUGACUGGGAACCUCGGUUCCGGGAAACGCAUUAUGAAUUUAUGGUUCCCAAGAGUCAGUCCUUACAAUCCCGCGUGGAUUCCUUCGAGGGCGUGCUUAUCGGCAAAGUGGAGGCUGCUGACGGAGAUCGCAACGAUAAACUGGAACUCUCGCUGCGUGGCCAGCAUGCCGGCUUAUUCGAGAUUGAUGCCACCGGAAACAUCUACAUGCGGCCGGAGCAGCUACAGAGCCUUAAUGAAUCCACGGUCCAUCUGAUAGCCAUCGCAACGGACACGGGGGUGCCUCCAAGGAGCACCUCAGUUCCCGUAAGCGUGACCAUGGAGGGGCUCACCCUUGCUCAAUCCGGUUGGAACAGCAACAUGCUGGGCAUGUUCGGCAUGAUCAUGGGUCUCUUCCUGAUGAUCAUAGUGGCGCUCAGCUGCUACAUUGUGCGAUCCAAAAAGCAGGGCAAGAGUGCCUCCAGUGGAUUGGGUCUCGGUCGGAAUCGGGUGCACAGUCAGGCGCAUAGCAGUGUGUCAUCGGCCAAUCUGGUUACCCACGAGAAGUUGGCGGGAAAUGGCAACGGCAACGGAGCGAGUGUGACCAGCGGUGGGGUCUCUGUGCUGCACAUGAAGCACGGCGGCAAUAUCACCAUGGCCAAUCCGAUUAACAACGGCCUGCAUCAUGUGGCCAGUGGAGCCAGUAGUAGCAUGGCCCUCGGAAGUUCCGCCGCCUUGUUGGAGCGGGAGCGGGAACGAGAAAGAGAGCGGGAUCGGGAGCGUCAGCGGGAGAGCUAUGCGGCCACAGUGCGCAGCAUAGUUUCGCGAGCCUCCGCCAACGGCCAGCUUUUCGAGGAGGAUGAGAUCGAGCACGACUCCCUGCAGACGGAGAACAAUAAUCGCAAAGUAGCAGCCACGGGAGUGGCUAGUGGCGGAGUCACCACCAUCACCACCACUUCGGCCAAUGCGGGCUCUAAUCUUCUGUCCGCCACCGAUGCCAUGGGUUCCUCGGAGAACAACUUGACGGUCUACUUUUAGAACUGC